AUGGUUUCAGGUCACAAUAUGUAUGAUGAUGAACUGGUAGAGUUUUUAAAACAACAUGAGAAUUCUGCUGAGAGAGCAGGAUAUAUUUUGAUGGAGAAGAUCCGACCCCAGACUCAAACUAAUUAUCUUAUUAAAGCUGGUACUCCAUUGGUGAAAUCUAAAUGUAUAUCUGAGUUAGGUAUUUAUGGCUGUUACAUUGGCAAUGAAAAAGAAGAGUUAUAUAAUACAGUAUGUGGGCAUUUAUUACGAACUAAAACAGCUGAUACAAAUGAAGGUGGGGUGUGUGCUGGUUUCUCAGGCAUUGAUUCUCCUUUUAUUAUUCAAUAA